ACCAUCCCUGGCUGGCGGUUCUGUUGUGACCAACGUCCUGUCCCUGCGUGUUGUCCGUGGCAACGUGCGGAACAACCACAGGCACAAACGACGAGCAAGUAAUUGAGUUGGUCAACUUUUCAUUUCAGUUUCAUUCUGCCAUGCCGCUGUUCAACAAAAAGUUCGAGUCCAAGCCCAUACCGACGCGUCAGAAUCGCUGCAAUAUUGGCAUUCCGGCCAUAGCCGAGGAUCUGGAUGAUUUCCGUCAGAUUUCGCUGAAUCUGGGCCACAAGGAGCUGCGCUUUGCCGACGGCAUCUGGAUGCAUUCGUCGCGCAAGGGCGAUGUGGACGACAUGCUGCGGCUGAAAAAGAAGUUCCGUGUCCUCGAAGAGGAGAACAAUAUGUCCAAUUUGAAGAUGGAAUUUAUGCUGGAUCUAUUGGCGGAGCAGGCAUCGGAACUAACGAACUAAAGCCCCAGGCAAAGAAUACAUUUGAAAAUUUAAAGAAAUAAAAUUAACCUAAACCUGCCAUCUA